UUCGUACCCUCUGGACGUCACACGGUAUCGGGUACAUCGGGUACAUGGGCCGGCCGAGGCCGGGGGAGUCGGCUCAACCUCGAAUUGCAUGGCAAAAGCCGUACCCUCCUGACGUCACAGUGCUUCAAGAUGGCAGCCAAAAUCGAAAUGCGACCACCAUUCUUUAUCCGCCUUGGCCAGUACUCGUUUAUCAUUCGUCAGUGUAGGACUGUGUCCGACCUCCGCUUGCUAUCGUGCGUGCGAUUGUUUGGUUCAUUCACUUCAUUCUUUUGUCUAAGUGUUGAUCUUCUAAUCCAAAAAGCGCACACGAUGACCGUAGACAUUUAUCACAUCGGACCUAGUCCACCAUGCCGUGCUGUCCGAUUGGCUGCAAAACUUAUCGGCGUCGAUGUGAACCUUAAAGUCAUCGAUAUCACGAAAGGAGAACAAAUGACUCCAGAAUUUUUAAAAUUAAAUCCACAACACACUGUCCCCGUCAUGGAUGACAAUGGAUUCAUUCUAACAGAGAGUCGUGCCAUCAUGACAUACUUAGCCAGCAAGUACGGAAAAGACGAUUCUCUAUACCCUAAGGAUCUUCAAAAAAAAGCAAUUGUGGACCAGAGGUUGUUCUUUGAUUUAGAAAGCUUAUUCCAGCCUUUUAAGAAUUAUUUCUGGCCGCUGGUUUUCAAAGUUGGUCCUCACGACGAAAAAAAAUUUCAAGAGAUCCCGAAGAACUUACCUGUUCUCGAAAAAAUACUCGAAGAGUCAGAAUUUGUUGCUGGAGACAGUAUUACUGUAGCUGAUGCGUCAAUCGUUACCAUCAUCUCCAAUUAUGACAUGGUUGGCGUUGACUUCAGCAAGUAUCCUAACAUCAGCCGUUGGUACGACAAGUGCAAAAAAGUCAUACCAGACUAUGAUGAAAUCAACCAAAAAGGAGCUGAAGAUUUCAAAAAAUUCUGGGAACAUCUUAGGUCACUUUAAAAGCAACAGGCAUUGUUUUUUGUAAAAUAUUUUUUGUUUAAUUCAUGUUCCUUUUUUCUCUCGUACAAUCUUUAAUCUUAAAAGGUCAGAGGCAAAUCAGUUUCUUGAUAAGAGUUGGUAUACGUUAUUUUGAUAGUUCAAUUUGUUGAAACACAAAGCGACCAGUUUUGCAGCUUCUGUACACUUUUUUUUCUAAAUAUCAAUAAAUGACAAACAUUGGAUCGCGUAACGAAAGGACAUUGAUGGCAACAAUUAAAUUUUACUCUCUCUUCUAAUAUAUUUGCCAUGUUUAGUACCACCGUGUUAUUUUAAUCUUUCGAAUUUUAUUAAGUGAAAAAGGAGCCUCGAAAAGAGAGAUACUCCUAGUUACGAUUCAUUUGUAUAAAAUUAAAUAAAAUGUAUGUCAUUUAAAUGA